AGUAUAAAAUAAAAUGUCGUUUAAACAGACACUGUAAAAACGGCAGUUUUGGAAAAAGAAUAAUUUUGUGUCAUUUUAAAAAAUAUUUACAUGUGAUAGUAACCAAUAAAAGGAUGAACUGAGCUGAACUUGUAACCUAGAAAAUAAUGUUGUUAUUCAAAAGCUUUCCUUUCAAUUUGUUUUAGUUUGAAUAUAUAUUCAUUACAUUACAAUUUUUAUAUUCUACAAAAAUGGACAUUGACAGAUUUCUUAAUGGUUUUGAAGGUAUUUCUCAUUUUGGCAUACAAAUGAAUGAAGAGAGAAAAGCAAUAUUAAGCAAUUCUCUUGUUUUACUGAAGAAUGAUAACCACUUUUCAAAAAUAUUCUAUUGGGGAGAAAUAGAUGGAGUUUUGGGGAGUUAUUUUAUAAGCUACGGAUAUCAUCGAGAUGCUUUGAGAGGCCGUCAGUUCUAUUACAGCACAAAUUGCUUUGAAUGGGUACUACUACCCAAACCAACACCACUUGACAUGUAUCUCUCCCUGAAUUUCUAUGUAAGAUUCCAAGGAGAUCCAAGCUAUGGGACAACUAUCGAAGAGCGAAUCAGAAAAAAACUGGAGAAGGUCAACGAUCAUGGAGACAAUGUGCUCAUAAACGAAGGCAAGUUGAAGGAAGAGAACCGCCUAGCUGCUACAGUUCAUCUAAUAAAUGACGAGACAGCUGUGGUACCAAGAGGUGCAUAUGUGAAACGACCGAACGGCCUCAUAGAACCCAAUCAAUCGUUCCAAGGGCUUCAGCUGAUCGAAUCCGAUGACCUGAAAAGCUACUUGCAUUUCAGGUCUCCAACCCAGAAAUGGAACAGCAACCUGCUCACCAGGAGGGAUUACAACUAUUCAUUCGACUUUUUAGACCCUCUUGAUGCGGAUCUACCUGAAGGGCAAUUUAUUCUGGACAAUUCAAGAAAUGGAUAUCGAUUAGCCACUAUUAGGAGCUUGACAUGGCCGGGCUACUAUUUCUACCACUUUAUAAAUACACCUGAAUACGGCUCAAUGUACGUUGGAAACGGAAGAAAGAAUUUGGAUGUUCCGUUCAUGUUGUUCUAGUCACAAAUUUCAAAUCUGCUAACAAGUCUUGUUCGAGAAAUCCAUCAAAAUGAAUAUUAAACUUAUUGAGUGUCGAUGAGAAAUUUAUUGGAUUAAAUAAAUUAUGUUUUUUCAAGUUUUAUCAUUAUUAAUAUUGAGACGUGUAUAGUAACCUACUCACUUUUCCUUUGUUGUAGUCAUUAAACUCACAUGUUGUUCUAGUCACAAAUUUCAAAUAUGCUAACAAGUCUUGUUCGAGAAAUCCAUCAAAAUGAAUAUUGAACUUAUUAGGUGUUGAUGAGAAAUUUAUUGGAUUAAAUAAAUUAUGUUUUUUCAAGUUUUUAUGUUUCUAUCAUUAUUAAUAUUGAUAGACAUAUUAUAGUAGCCUACUCACUUUUCCUUUAUAUGGCCACUACAAUCCUAUUAUAUUAAGCGAGCAAUUUCUGUAUUUAUAUAUCUGGUUAUUUAUGUUUAACGGAUCUCGAAAACGGCUCUAACGAUUUUCACGAAAUUUGGAACAUAGUAG